GAAACAGGCCACCAGCCAGCUCUGGGCCCCAUCCAAAUCGAACCAGCCAAGAGAGCCUUGCCGAUGAGACGAGUGCUUCCGAAGGAGAGCAAGAGAGUGGCGGGGCAGAGACGGCGAAAGAAAAUCGGAAUGACUCUGUGGCGGUCGACCCUACUCGCCAUGACUCCGUUCCAACUACCGCUGAGUCUGCGAGAGCUCCAGUAAUGUCGAGAAAUGCAGCUGGAAAGCGACCGAUGAGAGAUGUAGCGCAGGGGCAGCGUCAACGCCAAGACAGUGAAUAUGUAUUCGGAGAAGACGGAGGAUGGUCCUGGAUGAGAGGUCUGCCGGAAAUCACAGAACGCGAUGCCAGGACUAUCAAGUUCCUGGACGAAUCUGGAUCGGUUGGCAAUUCGAAUAUUCUACAGUGGCUCAUCGGCCGCCAGCCAGAGGAUCUGGAGAUGUUUUUACGCCGCAGACAUUACGAGCUCAGAGGUCCAGCUGUGAGCUCACGGUCAGCUCGACACCAGAUCGAAGGCAGCGCCAUAGAGUCCGACGAUGGGUAGGUACGAGGAGAUGGUGAUACUGGCCGGUAAGAGAUAAAGUCGUUCGUUGUACGGUAGAAGGUGAAGGUGAAGGUGAAGUGUGGAGCGGUCGUCCGUGAGAUCCGUGCACGGAAGAAAGAAGGUUUUGGGCUAGUUCUUAGGGUAUGAGCUGCCAGCUCGCAAAACAAUUCGCAUCCAUUGGAACAUAAACACC